AUGAGUGGUUGGAGGGGCCCAGCGAGGGAAAGAAGCCGCGAAAAUCCCCGUCAGUACCAUCACCCAGGUGAGAGAGAGCGGGAAAGGGAGUAUGAUCGAGGCCACAGCGGGGGCGACGAACAGAGAAUAGACAGGUAUCGAGAUUGGGAGCGACCUCAAGGCAGCGGGCAGCAGCCGCCACGCCAUCCCCACCAUCCCCACUAUCCCUACAGCGGGCCAGGAAGAUCGAGAAGGGCUUCGGGCGGCGGCGGUUUUCACGAAGACUACAUCUCUAAACAUCGUCAGGAACCAGUCGGCGUUGCCAAUCAGGCGCCAUUUAACGACACAACCCGUCGCGGCUCAGCAAGUUCAGCUGCCUCAAAAACACAAGAUCCGCUGCACGCUUCCCCUAGAGAGCGAGGAAUGAUCGAACAGUCCGGGCAGAAACGAAAACCAAGCCCUAGUUGGGCACGCGACAGGGAAGCGACCAAGUUGCGUGGGGACCCUGACGACAGACGCAGCUCGUGCGGGCGACCUGACCCACCUUCAAUUGCUGCCUCACCCCACGACCCCCCUCUUCACUCACCAUCCAUAACAACCCCCAAAACACCAAUGAUAUCCUCAAGCACCCCUCGUCCAGCCGAUCCGCGCCUCGCCGCGGGAAAUGUGCAAAAGAAACCUAAUAGCUUUGCUAGGUAAAUUCCUUGACCUAAUUUCCCUCAAAUUUUAAGCCAUCAAUUAACCAACAUCGAUGCUCCAUCAUGUAGUGUCUUCCAAGAGGCAGCACAUGCAUUUAUGAAACGCGAGGAUGCGAGAGAGGUCCAUAGCAAGGCCGAGGCUGAUCGUAACAAAGUGGCUGAGUACUUCUCCCAGUUUCCGGUAAUGCGCGAUAGAUACGAAGGGCGUUUGGAGGAGGCGCGAAGGGAGCUUAUGCUAGCCGAUAUGGCCCUGGGAAUCAAAUCCAAGCCUCUGGAGACCAUAUGCCUUGAGUUUGCGAGGGAGAACUGCGCAAAAAAGGAACUAGAACCUAUGGUACCGCUUCUUCGACAGCUCAAGCACGAGCUUGGGACCUCCAACUCCCUUGCACAGCUCAUAAAGUCAUCUCUACCACCUCCCGCGAACCCAUCACAAUCCCAACAAUCAGCCACCAAGCCUGAUGAGUUGCAGAGGUUUAGUAGAGAGUUAGCAGACUUAAGGAAACAGCAGGACGAUGAGGCGAAAUCCCGCCGAGAGCUCUCUGAGAACUUCCUUAAAUACAAGGAUAACUCAAACAAACGUUUCAAGACUUGUGAGGAUAAGUUGAAGGAUGUUGAAACUUCCCAACGAAGUCUGCAGAGCGAGCUCGACCGAACAAAGGAAGAGAUGCGUAGGGUCGUCAAUGAUAUCGAAAAAGUCCAACAGUCCUUAGCUCAGCUUCAAGAAAGCAAUGCCGGGAAACCCCAGAACGUCGAGCCCACGGCGGCCGGAGCCAGCCCAGGUCUAGAUGCUGCAGAGGUAGGCAUUGGUCUCGAUGAUUUUUCUAUUUCUUCUGAAUUGCUGCUAACGUUCAGAAGGUUAAAAAGAUUGCGGAAGAUAAUGUUUCACCACUCGUGAGCCGUUGCGAAGACCUCCGCGAAAAAUAUCAGCAGCUCGAGCCCAGAGUGAAGGAGCUAGAGUCGAAAAUUGAUAGUAUCGGUGUUGGCACUGCAUCUUCAGACGAUAUUGCUCGACUCGAGAAGCAGUUGAAAAUUCAGGACGAAACCAUUGAUAAUAUUAGACAGAGUACCGAAAAUGAUACUGAAAUUCUGAUGGAGCAAUUCACGGCCAUUGACACUAGCAUUGAGGAAAAUAAACAGCAAACCUCCCGGCUCUCGACGAAUUUAGAAGAGUGCAAGGCAAUGGUUAGGAAUGGCAUGGGUCAGGAUAAAAGCACUUCGGAAGCCCAGGCAAUCCAGGAAAUCCAGGCAAUCCUCGGCGAGUAUAGGACGGAUAUCAAUACCCUGAAAGUGGAGUUCCAAAAAUUCAUAGUCAGGCAACAUGAUUACGCUUCCAAACUUCAUGAGCUGGACAAAACCUCUUCAACUGUUACUCCCAAACUUUCGAAGGAAAUAGAGGCCACUCAGGCAAGACUGGCAAAAUGGGAGAACAGCUUGGAUGGUUGUCUCACUGCUGUGGCACACUUGGAUCAGAGAAUGUCUGCAUUCACAACCAAAGAUUUCUAUGAGAGAGUAGUCUCAUCCCUUGUUUCCAUCAAUCCGCUGCUGUUCAAUACUACCAACCAGCUUCAACAUAUGCUCAACGAGAACAAGAAAGCUUCCACUACCGUUCAAAGACUAUUGGUAGAAUACCAACAACGCCAAGCAAAUGAAUCCGCCCAGCAACAGCACCAGCCCCCACAAGGGGCUCCAGAUCCACCCUCAACCAACGCCGAAGCCGCAAACGGGGCUGCAAACCACGGGGAAGCUGCACCAUCCGAGGGUCCCGGAUCCCUAUCUCAAGCUCUACAGGAUAUAGAGUCCCAUACCCAGGCCCUUGAGGCACUCGCUAGGCGCGUGGACCAGCACGUUGAAGCCUACAGUGGCAGGAUGAGCGAUAUUCGCGAGUGGACCGUCUCUGCAACUAAAAGACUUCAGGAAAACUCAGAUACGUGCGGCGAUCUGACGAGGGAGAUCAAAAUGAUACAAAACUUUCUCAAUUCGACCAGUGAUAACGCACCUAUCAUCGACUCCAUCCAGAAUCAGUCCCAGUGGCGCGCAGUGAGUGCAGCCACGGCGCCGCGCAACCCCGACCUCGAAUCUGACGCGCAGUCCGAAUAGGAGGAUACCGGAGAUGAAAACACUCAAUACAGUGUCUUAUCUUCCAGACUGGUCUGUGCUCUGCUACUUGACCAAUGGGAGGGGGGGAAAAGGGAAAAGAUAUCAAUUUUCUUAGUCCCUUUUUCUUUUUUCUCUUGCAUGUUUUUUCUUUCUUUUUUCUCUCCCACUUUCCUAGCCUUGCAAUACCAUACAAAAGUUUUCGCCUUAUCGCCCUUCCUCCUCACAAGCUCUACAGAUUCCUUCAAGCACACAAUCCGUGAUAGUGGCAUUAUCCCCUUACCCUCUCCUCGCUGCCGCUCACUUUGUAUCUGUUUUCCUCUUCCCCCCUCCUUUCCUCCUUUCCUUCUCUUUCCCUACAUUUACCAAGCAUUCCAAGAUACACCUUGUCCUAAUUUCUUUUACACUGAUUUACCCCUUCUCUGCUUCUACUUCCCACUCUUGCAAUUGGCAUAACUCUCUGCUGUAGGUACCAUAUUUCGCUCCUUCUUACAUCUUUCCCCAAGAAAGAAAUUUUUUUGCCACCAAUCAACAGUGAUUAGCGCUUCCAUUUCUCUCCAUUUUUUCUUCUUUUUUCUCUUCAUAUUGUUAAAAUUUGGUUUUCCGGGUUCUACUCUGCUCGGUUGGAUAGGAUGGGGGUUUGGGCGUUUGUUCGCUUUACUUUGUCUUUGCGCGGAUUAGGUUUUCUUCUUUUCUUAUACAAAUAUUUCGUCUAGUGUAAUACCCUUUUUCACGGGUUUGCCACGUUUCGAUCUGGAAAGUGUGAAGUGUAGUGUUGCGAGCACCGAGAAGGAUGCUUCAUACCAUACUAAAAGGAGGGAUGCAGUGCGAGAACCGGGCCCAUCGUCGAUUGCCCGCUUCUGAAUUUGCCGGGUGGAGUAUGGCACUGUGCUUCGCGGGCGGUAGGUUAGGCACGAUACGGUAACUCCACGAAUUAAGAACAUAGUGGGAUACUAAAUGCCCCGAGUGAGUGAUUCCUCAUGCUCAUGGGCACACCACCCCCUAACUAAAGCUAAGUACAGAUUGUGGGCAUCCGGGUAAUAUCAUACCCCUCCUCCCUCCCUGCGGAUCCUGGGAAGACGACGACGACGGUGACGGCGACGGAAUACCGUCAUUAUGUAUGUUAUAUACAUGGUUGGAGGUGAAUAAUGGUUGGAUGGAGAAAUACCGGUAGUAUGAUAGGAGGAAUAAGGAUUGGGAUAGCUAGGAUUUCGGUUGGGAAAACGGAGUGUCUGGGGGGGGCGUACCAUAGAGAAAAAAACAAAACAGAAAACUCGUCUUUGGAUCGAGAUGGUAAUGAUGUUAUUGAGGUAUGAUAAUAUGAUAGUUGGGCAUGAGUGAUGCGUUGUGUCUAUCCUACGAGUACCGUAUCCAUCAUGAAUAUCAUACUAGGCCUAAUGCGUCGAACGUGGGAUCAAACUUUAAUCUUGCCGAGGCGGCACCCUGCCGAACCCGCCCACCAGACCUACCAUACCACCGACCUAGUGCGGCUCAAACUGAUCGCCAAGAAUAA